CGUCGCCCAGGAAGUCAAUCGACAAAAACAAGACCUGCGACGCGACGAUAAUUUUGCGAGAGGCGAGUCAGUCGCUAUCUAUCUCCCUCUGCGCUCGUUUCGUUUCGUUUCUUGGGGCUGUUUUGGGGCACACAAUUGAAAGGAAAAACAUUCCGCAUCCACACUCAGCAGCAAUCUUACCGAAAGGCUUACUCAGCAGAAGAGGGAGUGAGUUGCAGUAACCGUCCGUAGAACCAAAUAUCAGUUGCCAUCUCAGAGGAGGAAGAGCGCAUCCGCAUUCGCAUCCGAUCCAACCCGAACCGAUCAUGGCAACCACUCCACGCAGCGGCGGUGCCAGCGGCACUGGAACGGCGCAGCGGCCCAAUGGCACCUCGCAGAACAAAAGCUGCCAAUUCAAGUUGGUUCUCCUCGGCGAGUCCGCUGUGGGCAAGUCCUCCCUGGUGCUGCGCUUCGUUAAGGGACAGUUCCACGAGUACCAGGAGAGCACGAUAGGUGCGGCCUUUCUGACACAGACCAUUUGCAUAGAGGACACCGUCGUCAAGUUCGAGAUCUGGGACACGGCUGGCCAGGAGCGGUACCACAGCUUAGCUCCCAUGUAUUAUCGAGGAGCGCAGGCCGCUAUUGUCGUGUAUGAUAUACAGAAUCAGGACAGUUUUCAGCGUGCGAAGACCUGGGUCAAGGAACUGCAUAAACAAGCCUCACCAAACAUUGUCAUUGCGCUGGCCGGCAACAAGGCAGAUUUGUCAAACAUUCGCGUCGUGGAGUUCGAUGAGGCGAAGCAAUAUGCCGAGGAGAAUGGGCUGCUGUUCAUGGAAACCUCCGCCAAGACGGGCAUGAAUGUGAACGACAUCUUCUUGGCCAUUGCCAAGAAACUACCUAAGAACGAUGGCGCCAACAAUCAGGGAACCAGCAUAAGGCCGACUGGAACCGAAACAAAUCGACCGACGAACAACUGCUGCAAGUGAUGUCCCUUCGUAGAAAAUGAAAUUUCCAACGAGAGAUUUGAAAAGUUUAUGCUGAUAAUUAUAAAUAAAAAAAUUAUUUAAAAAUUCAA